AGAAGGAGGGGGCGGGGGGCUAUGCGCGUGGUGCAUGCUGGGUUCAAGAAAAUGUUGUGUGCGUGGAAAAGGCUGCGGAUCCUGAGGCGCUACUCCUCCGCUACAGGGAGAGGAAGUCAUAAGCACAGAGUCACAUGCACUAGCCUCUUCUUGCCCAGGGCGCAGCCUGACUCCCAGCAGGCCUCAAUAAAAAGCCACAAGCUGCUGCUGGAUGCAGGGCUGAUUCGCCAGUCGUCUGCCGGUGUCUACCACCUACUGCCACUGGGUCUGAGGGUCCUGGAGAGACUGGUGGUCCUGGUGAACCAUCAUAUGGAGGCCAUCGGGGCAUCCAGGAUGGCUCUGCCCAUACUCAACCCCGCUACUCUGUGGAAGAAGUCAGGCAGGUGGGAGACGGUCGGGUCUGAACUGUUUCGCUUGAAGAGCAACACAGGUGCAGAGUGCUGCGUUGGACCUACUCACGAGGAGUCAGUCACAGAGCUCGUAGCCAGUGAGUUGACGUCACAUCGGCAGCUGCCACUCAGGCUUUACCAGGUGGACAGGAAGUUCCGAGACGAGAAGAGGCCUCGUGGUGGCCUCCUCAGGUGUAAAGAGUUUUGGAUGAAAGAUAUGUACACGUUUGAUGUGAGUGAAGAGGCAGCUACUGCCACUUACCAUGAGGUGUGUGAGGCGUACGAGAGCAUCUUCAGGACCAUCAGUCUCCCAGUGAUGAGAGUGAAUGCCGCCACUGGUAAUAUCGGAGGCUCCCUCUCCCACGAGUAUCACGUGGUGUCCCCUGUCGGUGAAGACACCCUGGUCCUGUGUCACAGCUGUGGUAGAGGCUUCAACAAGGAGCUGCUCAGUACAGUCGUAGGAGGUGUGGAAGGAGAUUGCCUGCCUGGCUGUCCACAGACAUCUCCAAGAGAAUGCCGGCUGGAAGAAGUGAAGGGAAUUGAAGUUGCUCACACCUUUUACCUUGGAACCAAGUAUUCUUCACUGUUUGGAGCUAAUUUCAGUGACCAUACCAACAGAGAAAGGCUGUGUGAGAUGGGCUGCUUUGGAAUAGGCGUCUCUCGUCUGUUGCAGGCCGUGGUGGAGCACAGCUGCAGUGUCCACGGCAGUGAGGGCAUCUCCUGGCCCCUCUCCAUUACCCCCUUCACUGCCUGUGUGCUUCCACUCACCACUUCACCUGAGGAUCCUAGUGACUCACUCAUGGUGAAAGCCCAUCAACUCUACGACCGUCUCUCGGAGGAGGCGUGCCCGGGUCAUGUGAUCCUGGAUGACCGCACCCACCUCACUAUGGGGGCUCGUCUCAGGGACUCUCAGAGACUGGGCUAUCCCUGCACCAUUGUUAUUGGCCACAAGACUGGAGAAGGAGAGUAUGAGGUGAGGCUGGCGAAGAAGAGUGGACUAGAGACUUGUCUGCUGACUGAGCACCAAGUCCACCAGACUGUACACGACCUCUAUACUCUUGCCACUAAUCUUGACUGAUUUUAGAGGAAUCUGUUCAUCUACACUUGUGCUCAUGGAUCAUGUUAAUAUUGCAGUUUGUUACAUGUGUAUUAAAUGUAUUGAGGAGUCAUCUAUAGGAACGUGGAUGAAGGUUGCAGGGUGUCAUUGGUAAAGGAGGGGGGUUCUUCAUAGAUGUGAUCAUGAGUGGUGGUGUUGGAGGUGUUGGGCACAGCGGGAGGUGCAGGCUGGAGGUGUAGGUAGUCGUCAUUGUCUGACUCUUGAGCAAGCAGAACGGACCUCACAGCCAGGUUGCGUGCCCAGAGUGCCUCUCUCGCAGCGCUGUCGUCGUGGGCUCUGAAGCUGUCGUAGGUGUGCGAGUCGAGUGAGGUGAGUGUCCCGGUCCUAUUGUGGUCUUCGGCUUGCAGGUUACGUAUCAUUGUGCCUGAUCUGUCUGACAGUGGCUUUGCAGUGGCUUUGUAGUAGUGGUGUUUGUGAUGUCGGUAGAAGCAGCAGAAGGCUACCACUAUAGCAGUGAGAGCCAACAGACUGAGUGUAGCGAGGGCUGCCAUGGCCAGGAGCAGACUCAAAUACAGGGACUCUCUGCUACGCUGUGAACGACCUGUGUAGCUCCAGGACAUAUACAUGAUGUAUUAGCAUCUGUGAUUAAAACCGAGGCUAGAAGAGGUUCUUGCAGUUGGACUGCUGGAGUAGUGCCAGUGAUGGUCAUGUUGAACUGGACAUCUUCCCUGCAUUCGUAGACUGUGAAGGUGUCCACGAAGAGACACUGACGUCUGUCGACUCUGCUGCCUCUCUGGAACACCAGCGUGGUAGUGGGUCCCACUCUGUCUCCCAGUCCAAAGUCAGUACCCAGCACUGCA